AUGUCUGUGGGUCCAAUUAACGACGCCUCAGACCAUCUUGCCUUCCUCGUACACCGGGCUUUAACAAGCGCAGGCUUCAUCUUUCGGUUCCGGAUCGAUAUCGACUGUGAGCAUGGUGAUGCCGAACGAGGCCUCUUUGGGAACCGAUGCAAUAGAAGGAGAGAUCUACAACAUACGUGGAGCCAUACUAUUCCGACCAACACCUUACGAUAG